CUGUCAGAUCAGAAUCCUAAAACCAUAGAAAAAUAAAACUAAAAUCUAAAAUGAGUAAAAGUGGCUGGCGAUGAUUGGGAAAACUGAAAACUUGAGACUAAAUAACAAAGUUUGUUGACCAUAGAUAAAAUAAUAGUUGACCUGACUUUUUGAAUCAGACAAUAAUAAUUAAUGAGUUCAGUCCAUAGCCCUCGUCUAAUUAUCGUUUUCGCCUUUGUUGGAGUUGGAACAUAGUACCUUUGGAUUGCCUAGUUUGUUUUUAGAUGGGUUUUUAAGUUUGCGAUUUGCAUCAUAGCUUAUAGCUUGCAUGUGGGGAUAAAAAAAAUAGAAAAAAUAGUUUUAAGUUAGUGAUCAAAAACAUACUUGCUUUGUUACUUUCCUCGAUAUGGGGCCAUAAAUAAAAUGUAGGACCAUGAACAAUUUUCCAAGCAAGUAACUACGAAGGAGUAUAAAGGGCAGUGAGGUUUUUUUUCAAAAUAUUAAAUCCAUAAACCAUUUAAAACGAUGGACGCGAAACAAGAGCCUUUCGAUCCCCAUGUUGAUGAAAUAAAACAAGAAAUUAUCCAAUUUGAAAAUACUAAAAUUGAACAACAUUCGAAUUUACCGAUAAAAAUUGAUCAUCCUGAUUACGUGCACGAAUGUGAAUACUUGCAAAAUGUCCCUAUAAACAUUAAAGAGGAAUCUAACGGCAGUGAUGUUAAAGUGACUCAUUUGUAUACAGGCGGUGAUAUCAAGCAAGAAGUUUGUGAAUUUGUGCAGCCUAAAAUUGAAACUGAACUUUUGACUUUGAAUACACAUUGUGAUUUACCUACUUUGAAAAAUGAAAGUAUUGAUCAUCCAUGCUAUUUGGAUCGGCCAAUUCAGACUGGAAACAAUAAACAAUACAAUAGGAUAUUUAGAGGGAUAAAAGGUAUCACAAGGAGAUACCCUUGUCCUGUUUGUCAAAAAAAUUGUUUAUCUUCUACAUCAAGACUAAACCACAUUUAUGGACAUCUUAGAAAAUUCUCUUCAAUUCCUUUCAAGCCCUCUAGAAAAAAACUCAACGCUCAAUUUGGUAGAUGUUAUAAAACUUGUUUCUAUUGCGGCCAAUUUUUCCUUAACAAUUCCCAGUUUCUGUCUCAUUUUGUUGUUAUUCAUUAUGUUAAGAAUGUAACAAAAAUUUGUAAGCGAAAAUUUGGAAAAACUGAUCAUUGUAGGUGUAAAAAUUGUUUACAUUAUAUCUUCAGACCUCAACCUGCAGCUAACAUUAAGCUCUAUCCUAAUGAAAAACUGUUUCAAUGUGAAGUUUGUUUUAAAAGGUUCCUAACCAAUAAAAAUUUAAAUAAUCAUCUGAAAAUACACACUAAAGAGAUACCGUCAAAGUCUAAAAUAUGUUCAAAUUUUAACCAUAAACACAAUUUAAAAAUGUACUUAAAUAUUCGCUCUGGAGAAAAACCAUUUAGGUGUGAAAUAUGUCCGAAAGAAUUUCGUCAUAUAUCCAAUUUGAGAACACACUUAAAAAUUCGCACAGGAAACAAACCCUUCAAGUGUGACAUAUGUAUGAAACAAUUUAUCCAUAAGGAUGUUUUAAAAAGGCACUUAAGAAUUCAUUUCGGAGGCAAAUCAUUCCAUUGUGAAAUAUGUUCGAAAUCGUUUAGAAAUAAAUCCAAUUUAAAAACACACUUAAAAAUUCACACUGGAGAUAAACCGUUCCAGUGUGACAUAUGUUUAAAACAAUUUAUUCGUAAAGAUGUUUACAAAAAGCACUUAAGAAUUCAUUUUGGAGACAAACCAUUCAAGUGUGAAAUAUGUUUUAAAUCGUUUAGUGAUAAAUCCAAUUUGAGAACACAUUUCAAAAAUCACACUGAAGAAAAACCGUUUAAAUGUGAAAUAUGUUUGAAAAAGUUUUCUUAUAAAUGUACUUUAGAAUCACACUUAAAAAUUCACACUGGAGAAAAACCAUUUAAAUGUGGAAUAUGUUCAAAAGAAUAUCGUUAUAAAUCUAAUUUGACAUCACACUUAAAAUAUCAUUCAGGAGCAGAACCGUUCAAGUGUGACAUAUGUUCGAAACAGUUUAUCAAUAAAGGUGCUUUUAAAAAGCACCUAAAAAUUCAUUCUGGGAAUAAACCAUUCAAGUGUGAAAUAUGUUCGAAAUCAUUUAGUGAAAAAUAUAUUUUGAAAAAACACUUUAGAAAUCAUACUGAAGAAAACCCCAUUAAGUGUGAAAUAAGAAUUCACACUGAAGAAAAACCGUUCAAGUGUGAAAUAUGUUUGAAACAGUUUAAUCGUCGUGGUACUUUGAAAACGCACUCGAGAAUUCACACUGGGGAGAAACAGUUUAAAUGUGAAAUAUGUUAUUUACACUUUAGGCAUAAAUCCAAUUUGACAUCGCAUUUAAGAAAUCAUACAGGAGAAGAACCGUUUAAGUGUGCCAUAUGUUUGAAACAAUUUAUCAAUAAAGGUACUUUUAAACAGCACUUAAAAAUUCAUUCUGAAAGCAAACUAUUCAAGUGUGAAAUAUGUUCGUUACCGUUUAGAAGUAAAUUCAAUUUGAAAACGCACUUAAAAAUUCACACUGGCGAAAAACCAUUUAUUUGUGAAAUAUGUUUGAAACAGUUUAUUCAGUCCAGCAAUUUGAAAAGACACUUAAAAAUUCAUACUGCAAAUAAACCGUUCAAGUGUGACAUAUGUUCGAAACAGUUUAUUCGAAAAAAUAUUUUUAAAAUGCAUUUAAGAAUUCAUUCAGAAGAAAAACCAUUCAAGUGUGAAAUAUGUUCGUUACCAUUUAGAAGUAAAUCCAUUUUGACAAGGCACCUAAAAAUUCACACUGGCGAAAAACCGUUUAAUUGUGAAAUAUGUUUGAAACAGUUUAAUCUUCGCAGCAAUUUAAAAACGCACUUAAGGAUUCACACUGGAGAAAAACCAUUUAAAUGUGAAAUAUGCUCGAAACAAUAUCGUCAUAAAUGCAAUUUAGAGGCGCAUUUAAAAGUUCACUUUGGUAAAACCCUUAGUUAAAAAUUAACAAAAAUAUUCAGUAUGUUCUUUAUCAGUCAAUCCGUGGAAAUUGAUAUAGGUAUUACAAACAAUUUGAGUUGCUUUAAUUUUGAAAUUAAAAAUAGAAAAAAUAGCUUGGAUCUUGUUUAGUUUGAAAUGGCCUUGUGUUAAAUUUAAAAUAUACCACGAAUAAUAAAUUAUCCAUAUCUCAAAUGUGGUCAGCUUACUCAAAGAAUAAAACCUCAAAAUCAAUACCACGUCAAUUAUGAGACCUGUAAUACAAUAAAUUCUUCAAUUUUAGUAGGAACAAUAUAAGAGUCAUUACAAUUAAAUAGUUGACAAUAGUAAAGGGGCUAGUAGAGUUCUAGCACAAUCAUUCUACCAAUUUUUGUCAGUAUCAAGGUCACUCGACUUGACGUCACCAGCCAACUGUUGCUAACCUGACCUAAUCAGAACUGAUAACGUACUGUUCUGGAACUGAUCUCGAACUAAUCCGGUACUGUUCCCGAACUGAUCCGGAUCAGUUCUAAAAGUGUUCCGGAUCAGAUCUAAAACGGUUCCGGAUCAGUUCGGGAAUAGUUUCGGGAUCAGUUCUGGUUAAGUUAGGUCAGGUUGGCAACAUUUGGUUGGUGACGUCAAGACGAGUGACCUUGAUAUGGACAAAAAUUGGCAGAAUGAACCUUAGCGAUUUCUCUUAUUAAUUUACAUAAGGAUUGUGCUAGAACUAUCCUAGUCCCUUUACUGACAAUUUGUAUAAAUCACUAAAUUGGAUUUAUAUUAUGGAAUUACAAAAGUAAAUUUCAAAAAAAAAAUGAGGUGCAAGAUCUACAAGAGUAGAAAAGAUGAAAAUGACCAACUAAAUAUGAAUUUAAAAUGCUCGUAACCGCUAGUUAACCUGGUUUUGUGGAUAUACGUGUAUUGUCUCCAUCGAAGAUCAUCCGGGGGGGGGGGGGUUAAAAGCGGGCCCAGCUCUGUAUCUGCAGUGCUUAAAAGGACAGACCCUCGAAACUUAAGGAAGGAGUAAUGGUAGAUCUUGCUAGGUCAGAAAAAAUUAGGAUAAGGUGGAUGAAAUUUCCGAAAAUUCCAAGUAAGUGGAUAAGAUAUCCAAUAUAUGGAGCGAAAACUGGUGGAUUGGAGACCAUUAGAUGGUUAUGUAUUUAUUAAUUUAUUUAUAUUUGUUAAUUUACCCAAAAUGCCUAAAGGCUAGGUUACAGUUUCUACAAAUUUCAAGUUUACUAAUUAUACAUAAUCAGAAAAAAAUCAGAAUGAGCUGAGCCAGCCUCAGAAUUGCAGUGAAGUUUACAAUAUAAUUUUGCUAAACAUAUUCAGAAGUUUAUUAAAACAUUAGAAUGCGAAAUCUAUGUAUGUCUACGAUAGGAGAUCGGAUAGUGGGUAAGAAGGGUAUGUAGAAUAAUGUUCAUGAAUAUAUACCUUUAAUAUUUUCGAUGUACGAGUUUUUAAUAACAAUAAAGCAUACAUUUCAAAAUGAAAAUGAAAAAAAAAUAUUUAAAGACUUUGAUUUAUAGUAACAUUUUGAAUUUUCAUUUAAAACUUUUAACACCCUGUAUCUCGGUAAGUAAGAACUUUAAGGGUUUACGUUCCUAUAUUAAAAUUCAUCAAUUAACGAGAGCUCUUUGGGGUUGUGUUUUAUGUCGAAUAUACUAACACCCUGUAUACAAUUGGAAUUUUUGAUUUUUUGUCCAUUUAGUCUUAGAAUAUAAUAAAAAUGCUGAACACAGUACCGUAUUAUAUGAAAAUUUAAUUAAACUUUCCCUACUAUUUCCAUUCAAUAUUUCUUCACUUUUACUACAAUCGGAUUAACUUAUUUUGGACGCCAUUAUUAAAUUUACUUAACGCACUAAGGACCGAUUCCACCGUUGUGUUAAACGAAGUUUCAAAUGACAUUUUUACAUUAACAAUGUCAUUUUAAUCUCCGUUUAACACAACGGUGGAAUCGGCCCUAAAAUAGAUAUCUAUAAUACUCAUGAAAAUUACCAAGUUUAAACUUUCUGUGGUAAAUAGAUGUGAUUGUCUGAUGCCAUCCACCCAUUUAAUUCAAAAUGCUUGUAUCAGAUAUUAAGCAGUGGCGGCUUGUGUGCAAAGUAUUAGGGCUUCACAAUGAUAGAAUAUAGAUCUCAGUACAGAUGUAGGUAAAACACUUUCAGUGUCUUAGGUAUAUUAUACCUUUCUAUAUAUACCUUUCUAAAACACCAAGUUUUUUUACCUACAUCUGUACUGAGAACGAUAUUCUGUCAUUGUGAAUUCCAAAUAUGUAGGUCACGAGUCCCCACUAAUACUAAGAAAAUAUAAAUAUAGAAUAUUUAAGGUAAAAGAAAAAUAUAUAAAAACCUUUUAUAUACAAAUGAAAUACAAUUUAAUUAAAUGAAUCCUGAAAGAACUUUUCAAGCGUAUACUAUCUUUAUAACACUAUAGUAUAUUACAUAACAAGAGUAGUAAGAAGCUAAUUACAUGCGAGUAGAAAAGUUGCACACGAGCCGCGUUAGCGGCGAGUGUAGUAAUUCUACGAGCAUGUAAUUGCUCUUACAACUCGAGUUAUGUACUAUACUUUAUCUACAACCACAUUCAUACAUUCAUAAUAAAAAAGCUUUCAUAAUCUAUAACAUUUAUUAAAUACAAUAAUUCAUUAACAUAUCAUUGAUCUUAGAAUAAUAAUUAACGGUAAAAUUUUGGCAAUUUUGAAUAAUUAUGGGUUCGUUAGUAUUUUGAGGUAUUUUAUAAGAAGUAGAUGGCACUGAAAGAGAUGAUGUAGAUGGUGCAGAGGAAUUAGACUCUAUUUGAUUGCUGUUAUUUAUGGUUUGAAGGAUAUUAUAAGUAGAAAUAUUCUCACUUAUUUCUGAUGUGCUAGGUGGAAAAUCUGUUUUUUCAAUUGACUGGAUAAUUUUAUGAGCCGUUAAAGUUUUAUUAUUUAAUGAAUUAUCAACAUAUCCUUCAGCAGUCGUUGAGGAUUUCCAGCCUCCAUGCCUUUUUAAUGCGAAUAAAUCACCACCUGCAUCAAUUAAAAUUGUGGCAGAAGUUCUUCUUAAACAAUGGCCGGUGUAUAAAUUGGGAUUGGGCAAGUUUAAAUAUUGUGCUAUUUGUUUGGGUACAUUUCCAAUUUUAUUUAUACCGACCACUUGUUUGGUGCAUUUUCCUUUUUGAUAGUUUAUGAAAAAUUGAUUUGUAUCAAGAUUUUGCACUUGCUGGCGAUGUUGCAUAUAUUGUUUGCAUAUUUGAUAAAAGGUUCUGUUAAUCACAAAAGACCUGCUUAUCUUAGUUUUUGAAUCAGGUAUUUCAAUAAUCAGUAUGUCACCAACAUCUCUUAUAUCCUUGAUUUGUAAAUUUUUUAAUUCUUGUUUCCUACAUGCGCCACAAACUCCAAUAAUUAGAAUCACCUUAAAUAAAAUAUUGAAAAGUAAAAUCACUAGCCAAUACUAAAUUAACUGAAGGAAAAUUGCUUUAGAUACAAACCUUUGUUAAUAAGUAUUGUGAAUCAGGAGCUUCAUUUAAAAAUUUACUUAUUUCAUCAGAAGAAAAAAUUUUUGAUUUUUUGCUUUUAAAACCUUCCGAUUGCCUUUUUAGGAAUGCCUUUAAUUUUGGGUAUGUUUCAAUAUUCACGUUGUUUUUUUAUGGAAAUGACGGUCCUUAACAUGGAAUAUAUUGCCCAUAUUGAUGAAGGUUUAAAUUGUUCCAUUAGGUCCCCAAAAUAUGCCAAAAGCACAUUUUCAGAAAAUGAAUUAAUCUUGUUUUUUAUACGCCAGUCCAUAAACUUUUGGUAUACUAUUUCAUACCUUGUUCUUGAUUUUGUUGGCAGUAAUUUUUCAGUGGUAUUGGUAGCUUUUUCAAGAAUUUCAGGUGGAGUUUCUUGAAAUUCAUUUUCGCUAUCUGACGAAAUCAUAUUCAUUUAAAAAAAUAAUGCUGUAACUACAAAAAUGGCGAUUUUAUAUUUCUGAAAUGUCAAAACUUAUUAAUCGUAACCAUGGCGAUCACCUAGCAACGGACUAAUAGGGGUAGUUUGAUAAAUGAAACUGUUAUGUAAUAUAUAUAUAUAUAUAUAUAUAUAUAUAUAUAUAUAUAUAUAUAUUACGUAAUAGUUUUGAAUUUCAUUACGUAACAGUAUCUGUAAUGAUGUAUUUACUUAUAAACAAAACGGUACAUAAUAGGCGAUUUACUGGGGUGGUUGUAGAUAAAUAUUUUUAAAUAAUUAUUGUAAAAUUGUACUAACCUACUUUUAUUUAUUCAUUUUCUCAUAAUUUUAAGCUAUCAUUUGUAUUUUUAUAACUAUAUAUUUUUUAAUAAAUAAAUUAUUAUUAUAAAAAAAUUAUUGUAGUAUAUUCUUUCUAAUAGCAGAUACUUUACCCUUCGGUUGAAUAUUGCCUGAAAAUAUUUAUCAAAGGCAAAUGGUUAAAAAAAAAUUUCACUCUUAUAGGUUAUGGAUUUUUUUUAUUAAGGUAGAAGUUGGAAUGGGGAGUGGGAUACAAUAGUUCGACGAGUAUUAUAUUACGUACAAAAAAGUUACAUAUAUUGUAAACAAUUAACAAAACUAAAAAUACGGAACAAAAACUUCACUUACAAAAUUUUGUCUUAAAUAUAUUAUUAAUUUUGAAAUUAAUAUACAGAUAGGAAAGUAAAAAUUGAGACAAAGGCUAGGAAGGCAGCUAAGGCCGUUAAUCUAAUAUGUUGCACCGUUGAACAUUUUGUAAUUUUCUCGCUGAUUGUAAAAAUAUUUUGCAAAUUGUUAUUAUUUUUUAAGUACCUAUUGAUUAAUUAAAAAUCUUACUUUUGCCAUUACUCCAAUCAUUUGUGUUGCUUUAUAUGUCUACAAAAUGAGCAUUUUGCUGUCGAUCAGUGAGAAAAUGUUGUUUUAAAUGGACAUUGUAUUAAAUACACAAAGUCAAAAAAGUCUAGAAAUUCUUAAUUUUCUCGAUCGUUCCUCAAAAAUUUACAAAUUUUGGGAUGUGGGUUUACAAUGACAGAAUACAGAUUUGGGUAAAAAACUUUCAGUGUUUAUAUAUACCUUUCUAAAACACUGAAAGUUUUUUACCUAAAUCUGUACUGAGGUCUAUAUUCUGCCAUUAUGAACUCCCAAUAUUUUGGCUACAUGCCGCCACUGCAUACCGAUUCCUGUUUUAUUAUUACAUGAAAUUAAAAAACAUUCCGAUAAUAGUGGUAACUUUGGUCUUUCAACUUUAAGUGAUAACGUUGAAAAACCACUAUUAUCGGAAAAGCGGUCAAUCUGGCAACAAUGCAAAUGACAAAAAAUAAUCAACAUGACCAAAUAAGAAAAGAUGAAGGAUACUAAAGGUCUAUUCUUACUAUAGGUCAAGCCACGAUCAAGUCACGGUCCGAUCAAAAAUUAUUUGGUCAUAAUUUUAAUGCUUUUAAAUGAGAUUUCUUUUAAACUGUUCACACAUGCCGGUCAUCGAACAAGCAAGCCACGGUCAAGUCACGGGCCGAUCAUUUCCAGCAAUAUUUGACUGGACCGUAACUGUUCAUUGACGCUCGCAACGACCAACCAAGCCAGACAAAAAAGCGGGCUGUCGGCAGUAUCGAAAAGGAUAGAGUGAUUACUUUAAUUGUCAAAAAUAUGUUUUGAAAUUCUUCAAUUUUCAUUCAAUAAUAAACAAAAAAUUUUGUUUCAUCAUCCAUAAGUUUUUCAUGCAACUAAAAAAUUCGCCUUCGAUUUUUUUUUAUUUUCAAAUUGGAUGUACCCAAAAUCUUCUUUUUCUUUUAUUUUUUAUAUAUUUUUGCUGUUCUGCCGCAUCCAAAAUAAUUGCGAUUUUAAUUAAUGAAGUGGAAAACAUUUUUUAAGAUCGCGGAUCGCGAUGUCACAAGCAAAAAUACUCUAAAAAACCACUCAUGCACAAUUGCCUGCUGUACGUUGGAAAAACUGAUCGAAUAUGACGAUGACAUGACCCGAUAGAGUGAAUGUUUUCAAAUAGAUUUGAUCGUUACCGGACCGUGCCUUGUCCGGCUAAUGUGGAUAGACCUUAACUUCUGUCAAGUAUCCUUGGAAAAGAUAAACUGUCUACGACUGUAGUAUUAUGAUAUAGCCUGUUUCUCGCAAACUAUGCCUCGUAGAAUUUCGGGUAAACAUUUUUCACGAUAAAAGUGGCCAAGAGAAAUCGCUGGAAAUUAUUUUCAAGUUUCUAGCUAAAGCCACUAGAAGCUGCAAUAUGUUAAUCAAUAAUGAACAGAUAAAUGAGUGGGCAGUCAAAAUAGAGUAAAAUUUCAACAUAAUUUAAUUUGGAAUUUAAAAAAAAAAUGGAGUUUUAUCAUACGCAUAAGAAUUACUCCCCAUAGCGGCAAACCUAGAAAUUUCAAAAUAAUUUCAGGUCAUUUCUAACACCACUAUUGUUAAAAAAAAUGUUAGAUCUGUUCGAUAAACAGUUCCUUAUAUAUGGCCGACGACCUUUCUUAUUUGGACAGUUUUCUUCGAAAAAAUUAAGCAGACUUUCUUUUACUCUGUAUAUUUCAUGUUUGUCCUGGCGAAAAAGUAACAGAAUUACUGCGCCCCUCUAGCAUUGUCAUAUUGAACAUAUAUAAUUUUUUUCUUCGAUGUUUUAUACAGUGUGUUUUAAAAAUUGUCCAACAAUAUGGAAACCUUUUAUGUAACGAAUAAAAAGUAAACCUUUUUAAUACUUAUAUAUUAUAACUUCUAUAAUUUUUAAAUGUCAAUUUUUGAUCAUCAUGUAUAUAUCUUAAAGAUUUGGCUAUACUAAUGUAAUGUUAAACACCGGAGAGGCUAGCCGCGUGACUAGUCAUUCACGUUCUCGCAGUUAGGAGUUACGUCUCCGGUCACGUCUUGGAUGGCUGACCGCUAGACUUAGCCGACUAGCGGUUAACCAUCGACGACAUUGUUAUGUACAAAUUAUCUCUGCCAAACUCUUUAUUUUUAUAUCAACUGACAAAUAAUAAUUAUAUGACAAAAACAUGACAUACACAUAAUAAUUCUCCACUACCUAGUAUUACUAACUAACUAGGACAUAUCACCUCCCCCAUAAAUCCUUUUCUGGUAAUUCGGCUUAAGUAUUUAUUCUACAUGUUGUUUAUGUACUCGCCCAUCGUCUGUCUCUAUAUUAUAAUGUAGUAUUCCUAGCCUUUCCUUAAUUUUUCCAAACAUCCAUUUUUCUACUUUAUUUCUGUAAUUUCUUAUUUGUACCCGGUCUCCCAUACUAAAACAUCGUCGUUCUGCGUUCUGUUUAGGUGUGCUCGGUUCUGUUGGCCUACCAUUCAUAAGAUCUAGACGUGUUCUGAUAUUCCUGCCAAACAUUAACUGGUACGCAUUUUCUCCUGAAUAGUUAGGGGCCUUUCGAAUUUGCAUUAAUAUUCUACUUAGUUGUAAGUUUAAUCUUGUAGGUUCUGAAACUUUCUCUCCUAGACCUCUUUUAAUAGUUUGUACAAAGCGUUCUGCCUGUCCAUUUGUAGAUGGGUGAUGGUGAUAUGGUGCUGAUGUUUCAUAAUUCCGUUAGUUGUCAAAAAUUACUCGAACCAAUGUGAGGUAAAUUGGGGUCCAUUAUCCGAAACCACUGUCAGCGGCAGUCCAAACAUUGUGAAAAGCUUCAUUAAUUGCUGUAUGGUCCAUUCAGAGGUUGUUACUUUUGUUGGUAUGGCCUCUAUCCACUUAGUGUAUGUAUCUACUACAAUAAAAAAAUACGUAUUAUUCAUGGGCCACGCAAAGUCGAUAUGAAUUCGUUGCCAAAGUUCUUGCGGUAAUUCCCAUGGAUGGAGUUCAGUUUUGUGUGGUCCGUUUCGCUUAAGGCAGCAUUCUCUACAUUCACUCACCAUCUUUUCUAUAUCUUUAUCUAGUUGUUUCCAAUAGCAAUAACUACGAGCCAAUGCUUUCAUUUCUGUCAUUCGCAUAUGUCCUAUGUGUAAUUCAGUUAAUACCUUUUGCAUUAAUGUCAGUAUGACCACUCUUGAGCCUCGAAAUAUACAGUCGUCUUGUAAUGUAUAUUAUUUACGUAUCCUAAUAUGUUCAAAUUUUCUCCAUUCUUUAACUUUUGUAAUACUUCUUUCAAUUAAGUAGAAUAUUAAUGCAAAUUCGAAAAGCCCCUAACUAUUCAGGAGAAAAUGCGUAGCAGUUAAUGUUUGGCAGGAAUAUCAGAACACGUCUAGAUCUUAUGAAUGGUAGGCCAACAGAACCGAGUACACCUAAACAGAACGCAGAACGACGAUGUUUUAGUAUGGGAGACCGGGUACAAAUAGGAAAUUACGGAAAUAAAGUAGAAAAAGGGAUGUCUGGAAAAAUUAAGGAAACACUAGGAAUACUACAUUAUAAUGUAGAGACAGACGAUGGGCGAGUACAUAAACGACAUGUAGAACAAUUACUUUAGUCGAAUUACCAGAAAAGGAUUUAUGGGAGAGGUGAUAUGUCCUAGUUAGUUAGUAAUACCCGAGAAUAACAAUACGCCGAGAAGCGACAGCUUUGUCGGAACGUUUGAUGUUUGUGGGAUCGAUUUGCGGUGACCUUGAAGACACCAUAAUUACACUGCACGCAAGCUAAAUUGGCUCGCGAUCGCGCGGAAAUUUGUAAUUUACACUGCUCAACUCUAAAUAUGUUUUUAGUAAGGGAGUACAUUUUUUAUUUUGCAUUUAAAAUUAUAUGCCUUUGACUGCAAAAAGACUCAUUCCGCUGCCAUUUUUGGAAUCACAUUCAUGAACUACAUAAUAAGAUCCAACCAUUUUGUUACGAAAUUAUCCAGAAAACACAAUAAAAAUCACAGUAAUAACUGAAAUAAAUAAUUCAAAAUAGUCGAGACUACAGUUGUUGCGCUCGGAUUAAAAUCACAGGACACCUUCGUAUAUGGUGUCGCGCUGAUCUAGUUGGCCACAUGCAAAUAGAUACCAUAUUUUCGAUCAUGCGCAUUCGAAAACCGACCCGGCGGGAAAGGGUCUUUGUCGCUUCUCGGCGUUUGGUUAUUCUCGGGUAAUACUAGGUAGUGAAGAAUUAUUAUGUGUAAGAAAUGAAUGGGAAGGAAUAGUGCAUCCAAAUGGUGGCACAACAGACCAUCUGUGUCUCAGUGCCGCCAUGCGAACCCCAAAAGGAGGGAAAGCAGACGAGACUGGACCCCAAGCCUGAUUGAGGGGAGCCAGUGGCUGGCUGGACCCAAGCCUGAUUGGGGGGGGAGUCUUCCGGAAUCCCUCGGGGGUGGGGAGAGCAGAGGGAUGCAUGAAAGGGUGAAUCAAAAUGUUAAAUAUCCAAAUUGAAAGUGUAAUGAGUGAAUAGUUAUUGUUUCUGUUAUAUUACUAUGUGAUAUGUAAAUCAAGGGCGGCUACAAGGAGGGGGCCCCAUGCCUUUCCACCAAGAUUUAAAAAUUCUUACAAUACAAAGUUUUUUAUUAAAAAAAUAGGAUAAAAAGAAAAUGGCUAAUGGCAAUGCAUUCCCCAUGAAAAUUCUGCCUGGAGCCACCCUUGAUAUAAACAAGUCACUAAUAUAAAAUUGGUCCAAUUUAAAUCGGAAACUUUAUUUUACAUAAAACACGUAGAGUGAUAAAAGAGAUUCUAAAGUAAGCCAAUGCCGACAAAGAAAGAUACGAGUCAUGUUCGUAAUAACUACGCGCGGCUCUGAAUUACAUUACGUGAAAUUUUCUAAGGGCUACUUUAAUAACGUUUUUUGUAUCACUUUAUUGUGGCUGAUUGGUUAGUCACUUUUACUGUCUAGUAAAUUAAAAUUGUUUAAAAUGCCUUAGCAGUAAAAGUAACACGUUUAUCUGAAACUGUACAUUUAAUGUAUACAGGGUGUUAAAAAAAAGUGUCAUAAAAUAAAACGGGGGGUGGUAUGGGCCAAAAUAUGCAGAAAAGUCUUAAUAAACAUAUGUCCGCAAAUGAAUGGUUUCAGAGAUACGGAGUGUUUUGUAUCAUUUUUUGAUUAUCUUUUUUCAUUCUCAAAAACUUGCUUUUCUUAUCGGAGUCUACCGAUGUUUUUUCAUAGAUACUAUUUGCAGUUAUUAUUUUGUUGUGGGUGAAUAAUUUUAUAAAUUUUCGUUAUGCCUGUUUACACUAUAAUAUUGAAUUAGCUGACAUGCAUUUUAUGUACGGUCGUGCAAAUGGUAAUGCAUUGAAAUGGAGGGAGGGCACUUUGAACAUCUCAUUUAACUCUAUGUUGUUAUUGAUUGUUUAUAAAUAUCAUUGUUUUUUUAUAAUAAUAAAAAAUUGUUAUAAACACAAAAUGGUCCGUAUCUCCGAAACCGUUAAUUUGCGGUCAUAUAUUUAUUUAGACUUUUCUGCUUAUUUUGGGUCAUACUAUUCACCAUUUCAUUUUGUGACACUUUUUUUAACACCCUGUAUAGUAGAAAAUAAGUUUAUUUUAACAGGUUGAGAUUAAGAGAUGACUUGAUCUUUGCUUGCAAGGACUAUACCUAACUCUGCCUUUUGGUAAAUAUUUUAUUAUAUUCCUUUGUAUUUUGUAUUUACCAAAUAAAGGCUUUUAUUAUUAUUAAUUUUUAUAGGUUGUUUAAAUCACUGAUUUGAUUAAAACAAAAAGUAUAUAAUAGUUCUGCGCUUAAUGGAAU